AUGGGACCUCAAGCAGCCAUGAAUUGGGUACGCACCCUCUUCCACAAAGCGGCCCCCGAGCAAGACUAUGAGCCUCUUGAUACGGACGUGGAUGUGGAUGCCAGCUUCAAUGAUGAAGGUGUGGGGCGAUCAGCCGUGGGUUCUGGAGACCCUGACGAAGCGCCUUUCUCGUGGUUCGAGUACUCGAUCUUCCUCCUCCUAGGAAUAGCGAUGCUAUGGGCAUGGAAUAUGUUCCUAGCAGCAGCUCCAUACUUCCAGGAUCGAUUUCAAACGAACCCGGCAAUUCUCAGCCACUUCCAAUCCUCCAUUACCUCUGUCGGUUGCAUUACCAACCUCGGUUCGAUGCUCAUCCUUUCGAAUAUGCAAGCAAAAGCCUCCUACCCAAAGCGCAUUAUGUCCGGUCUCAUCCUCAAUCCAAUUGUCUUCAUUCUCCUCGCCAUAUCGACAUCGUGGUUUCGAGAUGUUUCGGCGACGGGAUACUUGACGUUUACUUUGAUAAUGGUGUUCUUCACGUCUAUAGCCACUGGGCUGUGCCAAAACGGAGCGUUCGCUUUUGCCUCGAGUUUUAGACGGCCCGAAUAUAUCCAGGCAAUAAUGACAGGCCAAGGAUUGGCGGGUGUGCUUCCUUCCAUUGCUCAAAUCUUUUCUGUCCUGGCACUUCCAGCGCCAGAUCAACAGGCAGACCCAGGGUCGCAAGCCCCGCUACUAUCAGAUCAAACAGCAAAAUCCGCUUUCUUAUACUUUCUCGCAGCCACUAUAAUCAGCGUCCUGACGCUCGCUGCUGUAUUCCCACUUGUCCGCAAGCAUAAUAAUAUGGUAGAGGCUAACAUGGCGUCCUCGAUCGCCAGCGUUGAAGAAGCAGAGCAGGCCCACCGGAAGAUUAUAGGCAUGUGGCAGCUCUAUAAAAAGCUUCACUGGUUUGCUGCAGCGGUAUUUGUGUGCUUCACAAUCACCAUGUUCUUCCCCGUCUUCACUCAAAAGAUAGUUUCGGUAAUCCCCGAGGCAGGGGCUCCUAGGCUUUUCCAACCGGCCGUGUUUAUACCUCUCGGCUUUCUGGUCUGGAAUCUAGGUGAUCUAUGCGGUCGUGUGUCAUCCGCUCUGCCGUUCAUAGUGAUACGCCACCCCGUUGUCCUCUUCGUUUUAUCGAUUACGCGUGUGAUAUUCAUACCUUUAUACCUGCUAUGCAACGUCGGAAAUAACGGGGCAGUUAUCAAUAGCGAUGCAUUCUAUCUCGUGGUUGUCCAAUUCGGGUUUGGACUAACAAAUGGCUUAAUAGGGAGCUUGUGCAUGAUGAAUGCCGGAAAAUGGGUUGACGAAGGCGAGAGAGAAGCUUCUGGAGGCUUCAUGGCUGUCAAUCUGGUUGCUGGAUUGACUGCUGGUUCAUUGCUGAGUUUUUUGGCCGCUGACGUUAGCUGA